AUGGAUCCGAAUUCAUCAUAUAAUAGAAAUCAAUUGAACCCCAACAACGGAGGUUAUCCACAGGGAUAUCCGAACAACGGACAACUAAUGUAUGGGGAUAGCCCACGCUCACCACGUGGUCCUCCCAGUCCUCUUCCACUACCGAGUCCUGGUCGAAAUCCGUAUCAACAUGGUCCACCAAAUCCAUUUAUACCGCGCGGUCCGCCAAAUCAGAGACCCCCACAGCUACAAAUUGGUCAGCCUGGACUGCCUAACCCAUACAUGCAAAACGGACAGCAAAAUCCGCGUGUUCCUCUCAGUCCGCACGUCCCCCGAAGUCCUGGUGCGUCUUACGACCCGCGAGGGCAACCUCCUAGAGUACCAACGACUCCGAGCACUCCUCUGCCGCAACAAUACCUAUCAUCCCCAAUAUCACCCCAAACUCCCCUAACACCACCCGAGGUCGUUCAUCGUUAUAAGAAUGAUUCACCAGCAUUGUAUUUAAAAACCAAGAAUUCUCGUCCAAUAAAUAGACGCGGUUCUGAAGAACAUGAGGUAAAUGACACGUUGAAUUAUUAUUACGAUAGCGAAACCGAAGAUAGUCCAAACGACAUGGAAGGAGCACAUCAUGAUACCGCAUAUCCCGCCGAAGCAUUUCCCGUCGAAUCAAAUUAUGGCAAAGGACGUAGUAACUUGGAUUCGGAAACAGGGUCAACCAACAGUCCAUCUUCUCCAGAAUCACUGAGAAAUAUGUCAGAUGCUAGAAGGAAUUAUCAAUAUUCACCGGAUUUCACAUACAAUGAGAAUAAGGAUUAUGGUUUAUAUUAUCCACAUGUUCCCAGUGGAAAUCAACGUUCUCAGGCAGAGUACAUGGCGUGGGGUUCGGAUCACCAAGUUCCUGUUUCAAAGGAAGAAAUAGAGGACAUUUUCAUUGAUUUGACCAAUAAAUUUGGAUUUCAAAGAGAGAGCAUGCGUAACAUGUACGAUCAUCUCAUGUGUAUGCUGGACUCACGAGCUUCCCGAAUGCCGCCAUCCCAAGCUCUAUUGACUCUUCACGCUGAUUACAUUGGUGGAGAAAACGCUAAUUAUCGGAAGUGGUAUUUCGCCACUCGUAUGAAUCUUGAUGAUCAGCUCGCCGAUGCAAGAAAUGGAAAGAAUGCACCGGAUCCGAGAAGCGACGGUAGUCUCAGGGAACAGUGGAAUCAGCGCAUGAAUCAGAUGUCGCAGUAUGACCGCAUACGUCAACUCGCCUUGUGGCUGUUGUUAUGGGGUGAGGCUGCGCAGCUUCGUUUUACCAGUGAAUGCCUGUGCUUCAUAUUUAAGCUUGCUGAUGAUUAUGCAAAAAGUCCCGAGUGCAAGGCAAAGGUGCAACCGGUUGCCGAAGGAGAAUACCUGAGAGGUGUUGUGACACCGCUGUACCGUUACAUUCGUGGUCAAGGGUAUGAGGUAAUCGGUGGGAGAUUCGUCAAGAGAGAAAAAGAUCAUGCCGAGACGAUAGGUUAUGAUGACAUCAAUCAAUUAUUUUGGUAUCCGGAAAGUAUCGCGCGUAUAGUCCUAAAAGAUCGAUCCACGCGUCUUAUGGAAUUACCCCAUAGCCAACGUUAUCAGAUGCUUGAUCAGGUAGAUUGGAAUCGUGCGUUUGAAAAGACAUACAAAGAAAAGCGUUCGUGGCUCCACCUCGCCGUCAACUUUACUCGUAUAUGGAUUAUUCAUGUCUCAGUCUUUUGGUACUAUAUCGCCUACAAUACCCCAUUUCUUUAUACGAAUCCUCAUAACCCGGAGCCUGCAGUUCAAUGGUCUAUUGUAGCUCUCGGUGGAGCGGUAUCUACUUUAUUCAUGGUGUUCGGAUGCAUCUGCGAAUUGUUUUUCAUUCCUCUGAACAUGGACAACAUAUUGGCCUCGACAAGGCGAUUCAUCUUUUUGUUGAUUGUAUUGAUCAUCAAUUCUGCACCUACAUAUUACAUAUACACCGAAGCACGUUCUGGUUCUAUGUCUUUAAUAAUAGGGAUGGUUCAAUUUUUUGUUUCGUUAUUGACGACAUUGACAUUUGCCAUAGUACCAAGCGCAAAAUUGUUCGGCGGAUUAUCAAAAAGUUCGCAGAGAUAUCAGGCCAUCCAAACAUUUACCGCCAGUUACUCUAAACUUAAUAGUACAGAUCGAGCCAUUUCAAUUGCUCUCUGGUGCUGCGUGUUUGGCUGCAAAUUCGUCGAAUCAUAUUACUUCAUGUCACUUUCCUUCGCUAGUCCUUUGCAAGCAAUAGCCAACAAUAGAGUUGUUGGUUGCGGUGAUCGACUUACCGGCAACCUUUGUUCUUACAUGCCCCUAGCAACCGUUGUGCUCAUGAUCAUCACAGAUCUCGUGCUCUUCUUCUUGGACACGUAUUUGUGGUACAUUAUAUGGAACACCGCUUUUUCGGUCCUUCGCUCAUUCUAUCUUGGAAUUUCCGUCUGGACCCCUUGGAGAAAUGUCUAUUCGAUGUUGCCGAAGCGACUCUACGCCAAAAUCUUGGCCGCCACUAACAUGGAGGUCAGGUACAAACCAAAAUUUCUCGUCUCACAAGUUUGGAAUGCAAUCAUCAUCGCGAUGUAUCGCGAGCAUUUGUUGUCUAUUGACAAUGUGCAAAGAUUGUUGUACCAGAAGACUACUUCGGACGACGGUAGACAGACGUUAGAACAACCCAAGCUUUUUGUAUCCUCCAAUACAUCAGACUUCUUUUCGUCGGCGAGCGAAGCUGAACGCCGAAUCUCUUUCUUCGCGCAAAGUUUAUCAACGCCAAUUCCGGAUUCAUUGCCGGUGCAGAAUAUGCCCACGUUCACAGUGUUAACUCCUCAUUAUUCGGAGAAGAUUCUCCUCUCUCUGCGGGAAAUCAUUCGUGAAGAAGAUCAAAACACUCGAGUCACUUUGCUUGAAUACUUGAAACAGUCUCACCCGAUCGAAUGGGAUAACUUUGUCAAGGAUACCAAGGUUUUCGCCAAAGAAAAUGGCAUCAACGAUUCAUUCGGAAAAGAAUCGAAAGGAAAAGAGGAAAAAAGCAAAAACACGGAUGACCUGCCUUUUUAUUUCAUUGGCUUUAAGUCUUCGGCACCAGAAUACACCUUGCGUACACGAAUAUGGGCUUCCCUUAGGUCGCAGACUCUAUAUCGUACAAUUUCUGGUUUCAUGAACUAUUCAAAGGCCAUUAAGCUCUUGUAUCGUGUUGAAAAUCCGGAGAUUACCUCAAUGUUCGCAAACAAUCCAGAAAAACUCGAGGAAAAAUUGGCAGCGAUGGCACGGCGCAAGUUCAAAUUCUUGGUAUCGAUGCAGAGAUAUAGUAAAUUCAAAGAAGAGGAAUGGGAAAACGCAGAAUUCCUUUUACGCGCUUAUCCCGAUCUUCAGAUAGCUUAUAUCGAUGAAUUGCCACCUGAGAACGAAGGAGAAGAACCAAAAGUAUUCUCUGUAUUAAUUGACGGCCAUUGUGAUAUAUUACCCGACGGAAAGAGAAAGCCAAAAUACCGCAUUCAACUUCCUGGCAACCCAAUCCUUGGGGAUGGCAAAUCAGAUAAUCAGAAUCAUGCCAUCAUCUUCUAUCGAGGCGAAUAUCUACAAAUGGUGGAUGCCAAUCAGGACAAUUAUCUCGAGGAGUGCCUAAAAAUCCGUAGCGUUCUUAGGGAAUUUGAGGAGUAUGAGGCACCAUCCACGUCUCCAUAUUCUCCGAACGCCGAAUCGACCAACAAAGAUCCAGUGGCAAUCGUUGGUGCUCGUGAAUACAUUUUCUCCGAAAAUUACGGCGUACUUGGUGAUGUCGCGGCCGGUAAAGAACAAACAUUUGGCACCCUAACUCAAAGAAUCACGGCAAAAGUAGGUGGUAGACUGCAUUAUGGACAUCCUGAUUUCUUGAAUGCCAUAUUCAUGACCACACGUGGCGGUGUAUCCAAAGCGCAGAAGGGUCUUCACCUCAAUGAAGAUAUUUAUGCGGGUAUGAAUGCGUUCAGUCGUGGCGGACGGAUUAAACACACAGAAUAUUAUCAGUGCGGCAAAGGCCGCGAUCUUGGAUUUGGCUCGAUCCUUCAUUUCAACACCAAGAUUGGCACUGGAAUGGGCGAACAAAUGCUGUCCCGGGAAUAUUAUUAUCUCGGCACUCACCUUCCAUUAGAUCGGUUCCUGACCUUUUAUUAUGCACAUCCAGGGUUCCAUGUGAACAACAUUUUCAUCAUGAUGUCGGUGCAUUUGUUUAUGUUGGGCAUGAUGUUCAUCGGUGCAAUGGCUUCUACCUUGACACUUUGUGACUACAAUCCAGAUCCAACAGCUAAACUCAGCCCUCCAGGGUGUUAUAACCUCGUUCCCCUCUUUGAUUGGAUCAAGCGUGUGACCAUCUCUAUCUUUUUCGUAUUCUUUGUAGCAUUUUUGCCGUUGUUCUUUCAAGAGUUGACCGAGAGGGGGUUUUUGCGUAGUGCCACGCGUCUCGGAAAACAUUUCAUGUCGCUGUCUCCUUUCUUUGAGGUGUUUUCUACUCAAAUUUAUGCGAACAGCAUUAUAACGAAUCUCAGUUUUGGUGGUGCUCGCUAUAUCGCCACGGGACGUGGAUUCGCAACCGCCCGUAUUCCGUUCUCAAUACUCUAUUCACGCUUUGCCGGUCCAAGCAUUUAUUUUGGGAUGAGGAUCUUGUUGAUCUUGCUCUUUAUAACCAUGACUAUGUGGAUUCCGCAUCUAAUCUACUUUUGGGUGUCGGUCGUAGCGUUAUCAAUAUCACCAUUCAUCUUCAAUCCACACCAAUUCUCUUUCACGGAGUUUCUUGUCGAUUAUCGGGAAUUUUUGAGAUGGAUGUCCCGGGGAAAUUCAAAAAGUCAUGCAAACUCCUGGAUCGCUUAUUGUCGCGUGUCCAGAACGAUGAUUACUGGGUACAAACGUAAGAAAUUGGGUCAUCCCUCGGAGAAAACUGUUGGAGAUAUCCCCCGUCCAAGUCUUGUCGUCAUCUUUGCGUCUGAGAUCGUCUCUCCGUUUAUAAUAGCCGCCUUUUGUGUCAUAGCAUUCAUGUUUGUCAAAAGUUUCGAUCCGCUGAACCCCGGUCACCCUAACAAAGGUCCAAGUUCCAUCAUUCGUGUCAGCGUGAUAGCCGUCAUUCCUAUCGUAUUAAACGCAAGUAUGCUAGCUGGUCUUUUCUUUGUAUCAUUCUUACUGGGUCCGUUUGUGGGUAACUGCUUCCCCAGGUUUGGAUCCGUUGUCGCCGCGAUAGCGCAUACUUGGUCUGUCCUAAAUUUAAUAGGCGCCUUCGAACUUUUGUGGUUUAUCGAAGCAUGGAAUCUUGCUCACGCCAUCUUGGGAAUGAUCGCAUUAGCCGCUAUUCAAAGAUUUAUUUUUAAAACUUUGAUCGUGAUAUUUUUAUCCCGUGAAUUCAAGCAUGACGAGACGAAUAAGGCUUGGUGGACAGGAAAAUGGCAAGGUCGUGGGUUAACAAUUACACAACCUUUCCGAGAAUAUAUUUGCAAAAUUGUCGAGAUGUCACUUUUCGCAGCCGACUUUAUACUGGGUCACAUCCUUCUGUUUAUGCUUGCGCCUAUUUGUUUAAUACCUUGGAUCGAUAGAUUGCAUUCCACCAUGUUGUUCUGGUUGAGACCGAGCAAGCAAAUUCGGGCACCGAUAUUCUCCAUAAAACAGAGACGAAGAAGGGCGAAUAUCACGUGGACUUACGGACUUUUGUUCUUGAUAACAUUUAUAUUAUUUGCAGGUCUAAUUGCUGGACCUAUAUUUGUAGGAACUCAAUUGAAAUUAAAAUUUAACCUACCAAUAUAG